CGGUCUCUGUGGUCCUCAAGUAAGUAUAAAUUCCCAUCGGACUCAUCCUUACUUGCAUCAGUACCAACGAUCGCUUGAACCGAGCUAAGCGAAUAUCCACAUCAGGGACGAUUAUUCUCCGACGAUAAUUACACCUCAAAUUUUCAACAUGAAGAUCUUUAUCACGGUACUUGCCUUGGCUACGAUAGCCCAAGCACAGUACAACAGAUACAACCCUCAGGUGUAUCACAGCAACGGAGGGAAUUGGGCGAUUCUUAGACAAGCUCAGGACAGUUCACCUGACGGUUCCUACGCGUACAGCUACGACACGGAGAACGGAAUUUCGGUCAAGGAGCAAGGUCAGCCAAAAUUGCUUGCAGCGGGUGUCCCGGCUCAGGUUGUUACAGGAGAGUACAGCUACCCGGCACCGGACGGUCGUCAAAUAGUCGUGAGAUAUUACGCCGAUGAAACUGGAUUCCACGCAACCGGAGAUCAUCUUCCAGUUCCACCCCCAAUUCCAGUAGCGAUCCAAAAGUCUUUGGCUUACAACGCAGCGAAUCCCCUGCCCCAGAACCCCUACAACAGGAGAUAUUAGAGACGAUCCGUACCUCGCCCGGUGAUAACGAUAUCUUCAUUAUCAAGGACUACGAUUACGAUUAUCCGAUUGAAGAAAACCGCAACGAUUACUUCCGGCUUAUUACAUAUCAAAACUGAUUCAUUCGAAGGUUUUCGAUGUACAUUUUUUUCUUUUUUUUUUUUAUUAUCUUUUCUCUUCUAUUUUUACCUCUAUACGCGUUUUGUGAUCUUCAUAUUAUAUAUACAUUUAACAAGACUAUAUAUUGUACCCCAAUUGUACUCCGUAUCAAAUCACCUCUGUAACUGUUUGUAAGAGAUUAAUAUAAUAGUUAUAUAAUAUUACGUAUGAUUAAUUAUAUUGUUAUAUUAUACACGAAUAAAACGGCAUAUCAUGUGUAAUUGAAA